AUGGCGGUCCGCGCGCUCGACCGGCGCCCCCUGGAGAUGGUGCAGAAGCUUUCCAAAGCUUUACGCGACGCCGUGGCGUCCUGCGACGAGGCCGCCAAGGACAAGCUCGCCACCGCGCCCCACCUCUGCCUCGUGUUCACGGACGCGGAGACGACGUGGACGCUGCGCUGGGACGCGGCGGCGCGCGAGGCCGAGCUGCGGACGGACGUCGACGACGCGGGCGGCAUCCGCGUGAGCACGACGCGGCAGACGCUGCGGGACCUCGCGUCGAAGCGGCUGUCGCCGUUCUCGGCGCUCACGGGGGGCAAGAUCAAGUGCGAGCUCCGGGGCCACGACCGCGACGGCGCGGCCAAGUGGAUGCCCGUGCUCGUGCGCGUCGGGGGCCUCCUGCGCACGGACAGCGUCGCGCCGCUCCUGCCCGGCGGCCUCCGCGCGCGCGUGCUCCGGCGCGCGCGCCGCGGCGGCUUCGACGUCUACGUGAUCCAGGUCUCGGCCACGGGCGUCGCGCCCUGGGCCGUCGAGCGCCGCUCAGGGCAGGACGAGAGAGCGAAAUUCCCAACUUCAAAGGCUCCUAUCUCGGCCGUUUUCCACUCGUUUUGGCUGAGUUUUGGACGAGCGAUCGUCUCUCGGAACGGCGGCGCUACAGCGAGAUCCGGGCCGCGUGGCUCAAGGUGA